GGAAAAGUCACUCGACUGCAUGCUCUGCACAGAGGAGGGUGACAAGCAGGUACAGAGGAAGGAGAGGACCCUGCUAAAGCACCUGCCUGAUCCGUACUGGACGUCGUCGCCAGCUCCCAGGCAACAGUAACCUGCUGCCCCACCAGCUCCCAUCUGGCCAUUGCAUUGAGACAGGCACGAGACCCUGGGGCCAUUCACAGAGGAAGCCAGAAUGGUAUACACCAUGCUUGAACUCUGAAGGACAUCUGGAUAUAAGGCUCACUUUGGCAAUGUGAUUCUGCACAGUCUGUGUGGGGAUUUUUUUUCUUCCCUUUUCGCCUCGUAUUAUAAAAGAGGGUUUUAAUCCUCCUGCCUCACAAGCAGCAACAUCUCAUUUGCACCCAAGCAGCAUUCUUUCCCAGCCAAAGAAAGAAAGAAGGAGCUUUGCUUUUUUUUUUUUUUUUAAAAAGGGCUCCCUUACUGCACACACACAGCUCCAUGUGUCUGCUGUCUUACCGCUCUCUAUGUCUUUUCAUUUGCACCUAAAAAAGACGCUUGCUACCCUCUCUAUACAAAGACUGGAGCCAGAGGGAUUGUGACAAAACCCCAAUUCUCCACUCAGCAGAUCCUGUGGAUAAGAGCUCCAUCUGCAAGAAGUAAAAAGGAUUCCUUAAAAAAUAAAAAAAUAAAAACUUCCAAGAUGAAGCCUUAUCUCAAUGCAGGUCUGGACCUCUUCUGGGAUUUUGGAACUGUCUAAAUGAACAUUUGGAACAUUUUUGAAGGAGUUUCGAAGUCGCUGUCCACAAAAAGUUUUAAGACUCAGAAACUUGGAAAGUUGCACGAUUUGGAUACGAGAGUGGCAUACCUCCCUGCCUAUAAUUUUCCCAAUUUGAAAGGAUUAAUUUUAAUUAUUUUUUUCUUUUUUUAAUACCAUUGGCUCCUGCCUGAGCCCAGACUGUAUUGCAGAGUCUAGACAAGUUGUCCUGGAUGUCACCAUGGGGAUGGAGACUAUUCCACUGUGAAUUUUUAUGUCCUGCGAGCCAGCUCCUGCACCGGAGUAAGAAAGGAAAGACAGAGGGACGGGGGGGAGGACUGAAAAAGUUGGAGAAAGGGGUAAAUUAAAAGCUCUUUGCUUUCCUUGUGUGGUUCUCCCUGCUGACGGACACAGCUACCUCUCUGUGAGAAACUUCCUGGCUCCACAAGGCUGGAGAUCACAUACAGUAUAUCCAUCUGUGUGUGUGUGUCACACACGCUGCUGAUCUAUUUAAAGCAUCUUCUCCGGACUUUGUGUCUAUUUCUGAGCGCCACCAAACAGGCUGAGGAAAGAAUAUAAGAGAUUUUGUUUGUGGAAAUAACAUUUACUAGAACCCAUGUGCUCAGUCAGAGGCUAAGACCGAGGGCUCUCGCUGGAUUAUUUGCAAAAUUUGCUUCUUCCAUUGACAGCUGAAAGUUUCCUCGAGACAAAAACAAAAACAAAAAAAGCCCAAAAAACUCCAGUGGGAGAGGGGGGUGGGAGAACUUUGUUCUUCUCUGAAGGGGGCAAAAAAAUCAUGAAGAGGAUAAAUCUGCCUCAAGCAGUUCUUCUUUGCUCCUGCCUGGUUUUAGUGCACCAUCAGGGGUCCUGCCAACCAUUUCUCAGGUUUCGACCUUCUCCAAGUGGAGACUUACCUGUCUUACCUGUUAUCGAGCAGCCGGAUCCAGAACAGGAUCCAAAAGAGCAGGACUUGGAUGAGAGGACAUUGAGAAAGAAACUCGGCAGCAACUUUGACCCCAAUUUUAUGGCGGUGGUUUCGCCCAACCUUUCCAACGCGUCUACCCAGGACUCAUUGACAAAAACGAAAAACCUUGGCUCGCUAUCAAUCGAGCUCAAGAAGAUGGACCUCAGUGAAGCACCUUAUGGUGGCAGGAUCAAGAUGGGCAAGAAAGCCAGGAGGAAGUUCUUGCAGUGGCUGUGGGCUUACACCUACUGCCCGGUACUGUACACCUGGAAGGACCUAGGGAUCAGGUUUUGGCCAAGGUUCAUCAAGGAAGGACAAUGCUUUGGAGAGAAGUCCUGCUCCUUACCGGAGGGUAUGUACUGCCGGCCCCAUAAAUCUGUCAACAAGGUUUUCUUAAGGUGGCAUUGCCAGGGCUGGUCAAAGCCACGGUUCUGCACAUGGAUCCCUUUCCAGUAUCCGAUAUUAUCAGAGUGCAAGUGCUCCUGUUAAUUGCUGCUCAUCAGUGAAAGGACUUGAGAACUGAAUGGGUCACUGGUUAAUCCCUGCACUGUUAAGGACUAGAAACCUGGUGCAUUUUUUUUUUUUUGUGCCAUUGACACUGGGGAACUGGAUAGUGAAUACAACCACAGUUCAACUGGUUGACAGCAGAAAACUUUGGAGGUGGGGGGAGUGGACUCCCUUAACCCCUUCUGGGCUUUGCCAUGGAGUUACUCACGCAGGUACUCGUGGCGAGGCCAGACAGGGACAAGAACGAGAACAACAAAAAAAAAAAAAAAGGAAUUAUUGCCAUAAAUUAAUAUUUUUUUUUUUCUUUCUGUUGGGUUAAUAACCAAUUUAUGCAGUAUUAAAAGAGAUAGAAAGUGUUAUCCUCCCCGACCUUGCACUGUUGAUAAGUAUAAUUAUUCAUAUUAUUAUUAUUGUAUUAUUGCAAUGUAUAUUAUUUUUAAAGCUUGAUAAAAAAAAAAAAGCCUCCAGAACUAAGCACCUCCAAACAGAUGUUUUAUUUUUAUAUGUAAUAUAGCUUUUUAACAUAAUUAAAAAACAAAAGAAAAAGAAAGAAAAAAAAAACUUAAGAAGAAGACAGAAAAAAAAAAAGGGAAUUUUAAUUCGAGUCACCGGCUUUUGUAAAUAAAAUAGAUUUUUUUUUAACGUAAUAUUGAUGUAAUUUUUUUUUUUCCUCUUUACUGUUGCUAGCUGUAUUUUAUUUUUUGGAGGGUAUUUGUAUAAUAUGAGACAUAUGGACCACAUAUUUCUAUUCUAUCUAAGAAUCGGUAAAAGCUUUCCCCUUUAACUUAACCCCUGCCCUGCCACACCAUCUACAACCCUGGAUAUCCCGGGCCACCCAUAUGCCUCACACCCCCUCCCAUUUGUAGCUAACAGUGACAACUCUACAAAAUCUGAUAUUUUGCUCCUUCCUUCUCCCGAAUCAAUGGUAGGAAUGUCACACAGAUCUUUCAUAGGAGAGUGCUAUCUUAGAUGACGUUUAGGGUGCAGAUCGGGAUAUCUUUGCCCACACUAUUUAUUUUAUGGUUUGCAGACUCCUAAAGCGACAGGUGAUCAAAUGUAGCUAUAAAAGUAAUGGACAAAUAUAAUACUUGAAAUUGUAACAAUGUACCGGUAAAUACA